GUCAUGCUAAAGAAGCCUGUAUUCAUACCAUCACUGCUUGCUGCUAUAGAUGACUAUGAUAUCACUGUCAGGAGGGUAGGAAUACAACUUCUAACAUCCCUGCUCCGCCAUCGGGGCCCUGAAGUACAAGCAGCAGUGAUGGCCCAACCCACCGGUGUUCCACAUCUCGUAGAUAUCGUGCACGACCGACGUGAAGUAGUACGAAACGAGGCAGUUUUGAUGUUAUGUGAGCUGAGCCGUUCAAAUUCACAGAUCCAGCAACUUCUUGCGUACGAAAAUACCUUUGUUCAUCUGUUGGAUAUCAUAGAUACUGAGCCACUUGAUAGCAUCAUAAUCGAAGAUUGUCUGUUUGUCAUUUUGAAUCUGCUUAGGAAAAAUGCCAUGAACCAGCAACUUUUUCGGGAAAAUAAUCUUAUUGCUCGCUUGUGUGUCGUUCUGAAUGCGUUUUUGUACGGAAGUGAAGAAGAGCCCGAUGGUGGUGAGUGGGUAAAGCAGCGAACCGCCAACAUCAUUUUCCUCCUCCAAGUCAUCAGGAGUCUGGUUAGUCCGGAUAAUUCAGGGACCAACACGCACGCGGCGCAGAAGGCUAUCCAUCAGACGAGUUCGUUUUAUCAUUGUUCUUGA